GUUUUUUUCAACGGAAGGAGCUUUUUCAUUCGGUCGAAUAAUAUUCCCAAUGUUUUUGUAGAAUCACGAAGUCGCUCCAGCUUAAUUUAAAUUAAAUAAAUAAAAAUGAAGCGAUCGAAGCACAAAGUGAAAACAGAGACACCAGAACCUUCUGCGUCUACAAAAUUAGAAGAAGUCCACGAUUUGGCGUAUUAUAUUCAUGAUCGUGUCGAGUUGAUGCACCAAGUAUUUUCUGUGAUAAAAUACAAGGAAUUGAAAAGUAUGUUACCGGCCAGCAUUAGAAAUAUAUCCAUAGACGAUCUGCAGGAACUAUGUACGGAAGAGCUCCUCGGCAUAAGUUCAAAACGACUCCUAGCAAUACUAGAUGGAGCAGAGCCGCCUUCAGACACAGAAUCCUCGAGCCCAUCACCUCCACCGGAGUUAGAGACAAUAUCACUGGACAGCAUAUCCUCUGACGAUGAGAUACUCAGCCAGGCCAGUAGUAAAAAGAAAAAGCACAAACACCGUCGCCAUUCUAAAUCGAAAAAGCACAAGAAAUCCAAAGAGCAGGCUGAGUCCGAGUGCGACCGGAACAAGGCGUCUCGAGCCGGACUCACCGUGCUCGAGCUGCUCGAGCUACAGGCGCGGGCGCGCGCCAUACGGGCACAACUACAGAAUGAACAGACACGGAAACCUGUAUCAGAGAGUACAUCGAAGGAGCCAGUAUCCAACUCGUCAGACAAUGAAGUGGAGAUCAAGGAGGAGCCGGCCGAGGUCGUGGAGAUUAGCAGCGAUGAGGAGAAACCGAAUAUUCAGGAGUUGCAGAGUAAAAUAACUCAAUCGGCAUCAGAACCUGCACCCACAACGAUAACCAAGAAAAUAAACGACCUCGUAAUCACAGUACCACAAAAAACAAAACAAAAAAUAAAAUUAAAUCGACAAAAAUCAAAUACCACACAAGAUAAAGAAAAAGAUAAAGUUACCAGCCCUAAAAAUUCUAACACUAGUGUUGCUACACCUAAAAAUAGUAGUGAAAAAGAAGAUAAAGCGAGAAAAGAUAAAAGUAAGAAGAAGAAAAAGGAGAAGAUAAGAAAAGAUGACAUAGACAACGAUGAGAUAACUCUGCAACUGUCUGAUACUGAGAAAAUGGAUCUUUUGGAAGAUCUGGAUCGAAAACAUUUCGAUAAUGUCAGUUCUUGUUCUAAUUCCAGUUCCGAAUCUAGUGAUUCUGAUGUUACAGAAAAUAAGAAGGAAGAAGUAAAAAAAGAUAGCACAGAAGUGAUAAAAGAUAAACCAGAAGUCUUAAAAGAUAACUUAGUAGAGGUACAAGAUAAGGCAGAAGUUUUAAAUGAUAACGCGGAAGUCUUAAAACAUAAACCAGAAGAUUUAAAAGAUAAAAGUCCUGAUGAUAUAGAAGACGAAAAAAAUAUAGAGACUACGCAGGAAGUUGACAAAUCCUCUGAACAGGAUAUUAAUAUUAAUAAAGAAGUAAUACAAACUACAGAAAUAACAGAAGAUGUUGAAAACAUAAAAGAUGUUGGCGAAAAAUCGUCUGAUAAAGUACCAAAUUCUGAAGAAUGUGUAAAUACAGAUAGUAUACCUACUAAUAAAGAUAUACCAAAUGAAUGUUUAAAUGAAGUAAAAAAAGAUCUGUCAGAUGGUGAAUUGUCAGAUAGAGAGAGUUCAGAAGUCGAAGCGAUGGAUUUAAAACCAGAAGUGGUUUGCAUAUCAGACGAAGAAGAAGACAAAAAAGGUAAAAAGAAGAAAAAGAAAAAAGAUAAAAAGUCAAAGAAGAGUAAAAAGAAGGAUUUUCGUGAAAGCGCCGAUGAAAACUUUUACAAAGAAGAUAAAAUCAAAGAACAUACUUCUGAAAAAAUAGAAGACAAAAUACACGACAAUGUUAAAGAUACUUCUGAGAAAGUAAACACAGAAGAUUGUAGUAAAAAUACUUCACAAGAAAUAGACGAAAAGAUCAAUUUCAAUGUAGAAGAAGAAGAUAAAGAUAUAAAACAAGAUUUAAAUAAUGUAAACACUUCGAAUAUAAAUUCCGAUUCUGAUAUAGAAGCUGUUUACGAGAUCAUGGAUCUGUCAGACGAUUCGUCAUGUUAUGAAGUAGAAUGUACCCUAUCUAAAGAACCGACUACAUCAGAAAUCGAAGCAUUAUCAGCUAAAAUAGACGAAAUAGACCGAGAAGAGAUCAUAACAGAAAAAGAGAUACAAGAGUAUGAGAAAAGAGAAGCAGACAAGAGAGAAUGGGAGAAAAUAGAGAACACAUCGUGGAAAGAUAGAUACUUAGACAGUACUAAAGUUAAAAAGGUGCUGUCAACUGCUAAUAUACUGAAUGCGUUACGAAAAAAGAAUAUCGAUUUGAAAAAGAGGUUAGCGGAGUCGAAGAAGGAGAUAGAGGUUAUAGAAAAAGAGAAAAUAGAGAAUGUUUUAGAAGAAGGGACGAUAGAACAAUAUAAUACUUUGGAAUCAUCGACUGCUUACGUGGAUCCUGUAAAAGAAUUACCAAAAGAUUUGAAAAAAGAUGCGAAAUUGUUACUUAGAAUGUACAAAAAGUUGCUGAAGUAUAAUGAUAUUAAUAAAGCUGAUGAUCCUAACAAGAAGAGAAAGAAGAAGAGUAAGAAAAGUAAGAAGGAGAAGAGAGAGAGUGGAGUUGUAGACGAGUCGGGUAAAGAAUAG